AUGCCUCACCCCGCAGAGCGCGAAGAGUUGGGAGUGGUUCGCCUGGUAAACCUAGAUGAUGUGAACUCGAACAGCGAAUUCGACGUACGAAUAUUCACCGAUGGUAGCAAGAUUGGGGGCGGUGUCGGGGCCUCACUUUCCAUUUGGAAAGGAGAAACCGAAACCAAAGCCCACAAGCUUGCCCUGUCAAAAUACUGCACCGUUUACCAGGCAGAGCUACUUGCUCUCUGUAAAGCCACAAGAGAAGCAAAGAAAUAUGCUGAAAAAUCGUUUGGAAUCUACAGCGACUCUAUGGCGGCCCUCCAAACAGUACAAAACCACAGUUGCCUUCACCCCCUUGCAGUAGAAGCCAGGGAGAACUUAAAAGCCAUGUCUCUCCAGGGUAAAGUAGUUACUCUACACUGGAUUAAAGCUCAUGCAGGGUUAGAGGGCAACGAGCGGGCCGACGAGUUGGCUAAGGGAGCAGCUGCAGGCUCCAAGCGAAAACCAGACUACGACCAAUGUCCGGUCUCGUUCGUCAAGCGUAGCAUUCGCACGUCAACGCUUGACGAGUGGAACCGGAGGUAUAAAUCUGGCGAAACGGCAUCGAUAACGAAACUUUUCUUCCCAGACGCAGUAAAGGCAUAUAGGAUGACAAAGAAAUUCACUCCAACAAAUUUGAAAACACAACUGAUGACGGGGCACGGUGGGUUCUCCGAAUACUUGAACCGAUUCAAGUGCAAGGAGAGCCCAUCGUGCAUCUGCGAUAUUAAAAAUCGUUUACGAUCUGCGCAACAAGAGCAGCACGAAGUUCUACCAAAACAGCAGCAGGGCACUCCGGAGCCGCCGGAGCCGCAGGGGGCCCCUCAAAAACAGACAGAGGCUAGCCUGCAUCAUGUUGAUCAUGUUGAUGGGCGAGACACCGCUCCAGGUAACACUAGCGAAGUGAGCCUCUUAUGA